AUGGACAUUCUACAACUCUUGGAAAAUGCAAUCUUAAGUCCAGAUCCAACGCAGAGAACCCAGGCGGAGAUUGAGUUAAAUGAGACAGCCAACAACCACUUUCCUGAGUACAUCCUGCUUUUAAUCGAGGCAUUGAACAACGAGGAUGCCAAGACCGAGGUUCGAAUGUUGGCCGGUAUAGGGCUCAAGAAUCAAUUGGUCUCCAAAGAGCAAAGAACCAGGGCAGCUCAGCAAGAUCGCUGGCUCAAAUUGAGUCCCGAUUUGAAGACCAAGAUCAAGGAGCAGGCGGUGCAUGGGUUGAAAACACCAAAUCAAAAAGUGGCCAGCACUGCAGCGCAAUUGGUGGCUGCCAUUGCAGAUAUCGAGUUGCCGAGGGGAGAAUGGCCCGAGUUGAUCCCCUUGAUUAUUUUAAACACCAAAAUGGAGAACCCGGAACACGUGAAGCGUGCCUCUCAAUUGACGAUUGGCUACAUCUGCGAAAGCGCAGACCCGUCAAACCCAAAUGUGUUGGCUCAGGCCUCUGGUAUGUUGAUUGCCAUCAUCCAAGGCGUGCAAGGCAACGAGCCUUCCAACUUGGUGAGAGUCACUGCGCUAAAUGCCUUGGUCAACUCCUUGGAGUUUAUCAAAUCCAAUUUCGAAACCGAGGGAGAACGAAACUAUAUCAUGCAGGUUGUUUGUGAAGCAACACAAGCAGAUGAUUCCGAGUUGCAAGCGAGCGCUUUUGGUUGUCUUGCAAGAAUCAUGUCGCUAUACUACCGUUACAUGGCUCUUUAUAUGGAAAAGGCAUUAUACGGGUUGACUGUGUCUGGAAUGCAAAGCGCCGAUGAAAAAGUAGCAUGCAUGGCUGUUGAGUUUUGGUCGACCGUUUGCGAAGAAGAAUUGGAGAUUGCAUUGCGCAGACAAGAAUUGGGGUUGGACCCAUUGCAAACGCCGCAAUCGCAAGAGCUAGUCUCCUACAAUUUUGCCUUGAUUGCCUCGAGCGAGGUCUUGCCAACGUUGUUGACCUUGUUGACGAGACAAAACGAAGACCCCGAAGACGACGAUUGGUCCGUUGCCAUGGCCGCGGGAGCUUGCUUACAAUUAUACGCCCAGGAUAUCGGCAACUACGUGGUUGAUCCAACCAUCCAGUUUGUCGGCACCAAUAUAACAAACAAGGAAAACUGGAGGGCUCGAGAAGCGGCCGUGAUGGCGUUUGGCUCGAUCUUGGAUGGGCCCGACCUGGAGCAAUUGAAAUCCAUCAUCAACCAAGCAUUGCCCCCGAUUCUCGACUUGAUGGAAGACAAGAAUUUGCAAGUCAAGGAGACUGUCGCAUGGUGUCUUGGAAGAAUCGCCGAUAUGGUUGUCGAUGCUAUUGACCCCGAGACCCAGUUGCCCCAGUUGUUGCAGGCCGUGGUCAAUGGUUUGCAAGACCACCCCAAGGUGUCGACCAACUGCUGUUGGACAUUGAUCAACUUGGUUGAGCAAUUGUGCGCCGAGUCCAAUGCCCCCAAUAAUGUCAUGUCCCCUUAUUAUCCAACCAUUGUGCCUGUGUUGAUGCAAGUUUCUGGCAGAGCCGAUAAUGAGCACAGCGCUAGGGCCUCAGCCUAUGAAGCUCUAUCGACUCUUGUGACUUAUAGUGCCCAGGACACCAUGGAAAUUGUCCAGAAUAUAGCAAUGGAAAUAUUGGGCAGAUUGGAAAAAACAGUUGAAAUGCAAAGCCAAGUUUCUACCACUGAAGACAAGGGCAAUUUGGAAGAGUUGCAAACAAACAUCUUGUCGUUAUUAACCAACGUUAUUAGAAAACUAGGCCCCGCGGUCAUCAAUGCUGCCGACAAUUUGAUGGAGAGAUUUGUCAAAUUGUUGGAUGCACAGGAACCCAACUCUUUGAUCGAGGAAGAUAUAUUCAUUUCCAUUUCUGCAUUGUCGAGUGCCAUUGGGGAGAACUUUAUGAAGUAUAUGCCUGCUUUUAUCCCCUACUUGACCAAGGCCUUGGAAAACACCGAGUCGCCAACAUGUCUUACUGCUGUUGGGCUCGUUGGCGAUCUUGCACAAAAUUUGGGAUUGCUGAUAGGUGAAUAUUUGAAUGGGUUGAUGACGAUAUUGGGCAACAACUUGAACAAUCCAGAAGUUAGACGCGACUUGAGGCCAGCCAUUGUAUCGGCAUUUGGAGAUGUUGCGUCUGCUAUAGGGCCCGGGUUUGAGCCGUAUCUCGAAUACGUGAUGAAUAUCUGCACAGCUGCCGCGGCAAUGGAGCCAGAGGACCAUUCGGUAGAAACGACAGAGUUUGUUUUUAGAGUCAGGGAGGCCGUUUUGGACUGUUUUGUGGGUAUAGCUGCUGCCUUCAAUGAUCAGCCAGAGAAAUUGUACCCGGUUGUGGGGUCGAUUUUGCAAUUUGUACAAAGAGUGGCACAAGAUCAAAGUAUGAUUACGCAAGAAACCAUUGCUCGUUCCGCUACUGGAUUGUUGGGUGAUCUUGCCGUUAUGUACCCGCAGGGACAAUUCAAAGCAUACUACGACGGCAACUGGAUGACUGAGUACAUCAAAAAGACGAGGUCUAAUCCCUUUUUCGACGAAAGGACUAAAGACGCCGCGAGAUGGGCCAGGGACCAGCAAAAGAGGCAACAACAAGUGCCUGCUACAAUGGGCUAG